AUGUUGGUGGACGAGAGCAAGUUCGACGUGCACUUCAAACUGUGGGCUCUUCGAAUACCCUGCCAAUUUUGCAAGGCUGCCACUCGAAUCCUCAACGGUUAUUUGCUUGACAAGCCUCGAGUUAAACCCAUCGCUGAGGACCCAACUUUUGACAAAAACCGUUACCUUAUACUCUCCGAGAAAGUUCAGAAUCAAGAUUUAUCCGAUAUUCCAAAGCAAAAACUUGAUGAGCUUAAGGACUUGUGUGAGAUUGAAGUUUUGCCCUAUUCGUUGACACUAGGUUAUUCAUACUGGAGUGCAGAUCAAGUGCUGAAGCAGAUACUACCUAAUGGAGUGGAAGUGCCUUCAUCUUUUGAAACAAUAGUCACAUUGCUCACUUGA